AUGACGGCCGGUCGCUGGCCACGUUUGGCCCUGCUGUGCUUGCUGGGCCCGCUGAACCUGGGCAGCCGGCUGGCCUUUCGAGCUCGCCUUCCUCAAGGUCACAGCUGUGGCCGGUCACAUUUCUCCUCGCUGGCGGCGAAGAGAGGGCAUUUUCAGCAGCGAAAGAUGGAGAUGUAUGUUUUGACCAUCCCAGAGCUGAAGGGAGCAGAAAUCGCCAUCUGCCCCUGUCCGGGGAAGCGCGACCGCGACCUGGGCAGCGACUUGGAAAGUCUGAAGACCUGGGGCGCGGAGGCAGUGGUGACCUUGGUGCAGGAUGAUGAACUCCAAAUGCUGGACGUUGCAGACAUGGGAGCGCAAGUUCGAACCCGGCAGAUGCAGUGGUUUCAUUGUCCCGUGCCGGACUUUGCUGCGCCAGGGAUGUACUUCGAAGGUGCUUGGGUCCAACGCGGCGAUGGCGCCAAAGUGCGGGAGAUCUUGAAGCGCGGCGGAAAGGUUGUCGUGCACUGCCGCGGCGGCAUUGGACGCGCAGGUACGGUGUCGUGCCGCCUGUUGGUGGAGCUAGGCGUGUGCUCGCCGGAGAAGGCGUUGCUGUGGGUUCGAGAAACACGCCCUGGCGCGGUGGAAACCUGGGAGCAGGAGAACCACGUGCUGUCGCUGAGAUCGCUUGAAGAGUAG